AACUAUAGCAGGGUGACUGUUACCCCAAUGUUUCUAUAUAUAUGUAACCUUAUGAGCUAAAGGGUCACAGUCUGAGUGACGGUUAUGGCGAAAAUUAUAGUAGGGUUAUUAAUGUUUAUAUCUGUUCACUUGUAAUAAAUAGAGAGGCUCUUGGAAAAUGUUAGUCCACAAAUGGUCAAUUGGACGGAAUGCUUUGGAAAAACACUAAAUGUCAGUAACUGGUAGUUUAGGUACUGGACUUUAUUGUUAGACUGGAUACAAGGUGUCACAGCCAUAUAUUACAAAGUGAACUCAGUUGAGAUAGGGACAGUUAUGUGGUAAGCACAUAAAGUUCAAAUUAGACACCAUACGUGCACAACAUGUUAGUUGCCCUGACUUUAACACAUGCUCCGCCAGCCUCAGAAGAUAGAAAUUAUUAUAAGCAAUGAGGCUGUUUGAAAGUCAGCAUGAGCCUAUGAAUGAUCGUGUGCAUCUAAUAUGGCUGGAUGUUAUUAGUAGGGAUGAGUGUGAUGUGAAAACACUAAUUAGUGGGUUACAGAUACAGUAAAUGACUGACCAGACUCUCCCCACGGCCCUUCCUGCCCAACCCUCCUCCUCCUCCUCUGCCUGUCUUUAUACUGUUCAUUAUAUACUCGUGUUUGUCCCACUAUCCAGGUGAUACGUCUACAAAAACACCAUAGCACAACAUAAGAAAAGCUCAAAGAAAGACAACCAAAUAAAUGAAGGGGAUGAUCUACUGUGACAUAAGAAAAUAUCAGAAAAAAGGGAACAUGAUGAUUCAGGGGACAGUUUAGAACUUCUCUUUCGUCGGGGAAUCAACAUCCAGACAAUGUUACUCCAUUCCUGCUGCCUUUUAUUGCUUUUUCUUCUUCCAAAAUGUGUAUUGUGUGACCUCUCAUGUAAAGCUACAGAAUCAGUUGCAGCAGCUGAAGGGGAAGAGACCAUUCUGCAAGUGAAUAGAACAGGAAUCACAGAGAUCUCUUGGAUUUUAAAGGGACAGCACAUUGCUACAUCCAAACCCAAUGAACCUGUUCAAUGGAAGAACCGUCAGUUUAAAACAAGACUGGGCAGCAAACCUGAUGCUUCACUAAUCAUCAAUAAAAUAACCAGGGAAGAUCAAGGAACAUAUGUGACAGAUAUGCGCGGCCUGGAGGAGAAAGAUGAUUUCAUACAAUGUUAUAAUGUCACAAUGUAUAGGAGGUUAAAAGAAGAAGACCUGACAAUACAUCACCAUACAGUCACAUACAAGUCAUGUGAUAUGAAUGUGUCCUGCUCAAUAAAUGGAGACCUUGAGAUCGGGUGGAGAGAUCCCAACAACAAUACCAUCAAGGCAGCGACUAUUCUCCUGUAUAAUAUCAGUACAAGUCUGUAUUAUACCUGCUUUGCAGAAAACCCCGUCAGUCAGGUGCACAGAGUAGUCCAUCCCUGGAGCCUCUGCAUGGAAGAUUAUAAAUUGCAGAAUAUCAUAAGGCUUGUACUGUCCGUGUGCAUUGUGGCCACCGGCUUCUGUUUUCUCUUCUGCCACGUGAAGACCACCAGCAGGUCACAUUCCAACAUCCAGUUAUAAUGGUCUCCUAACUGACAAAGUGCACUCCAUUUUCUGGUAAAGGGGUGGGUUCACCUUUGAGUUAAUUCUAAGCAGCUUUUCAAUUGGUCUUCGUUGUUGAAUUUUUUAUCAUUUU